AUGAAAGGAUUUUUCAUUUGUUUCUUUCUUUUUACUAUUGUUAUGAUAAAUCAGAACAUAUCAGUUUAUGCACAAAUUUCACCUGAAAGUUCAGACAAGGUUCCAAGCGAAAAUGAUACACAGAUUUCACCUGGAAGUUCAGAGAAGAUUCCAAGAGAGGAAGAUUAUUCACAGAUUUCAUAUGAAGAUUUAGCAAAGCUUGGAGGAGAAUACAAUCCACCAAAUUUGAAUGACAAUACAGCGAAGGUUUCAAGAAAAAUUCAGGAGACUAGUGGCCAAACGGAAAGGAAGGGAGCCAAUAAAUACAGUCGAGGUUGCUCCCAUUUAACUAGGUGUCGUGAUUAA